GAUCGCAUUGACAUCUAGGAAGUUUAUCGCAAGAUGUCGGGGGAUGUUUUGUGCGACGAGCCGCUGGUAUGCUCGCGGACGACGAAAUGACUUGCUUGUCGUGGCGCACGUCUGCUAAAUCCCGGCCUAAAUUAAAUCCCAGAGUGUUGUGAGAGCAUCGUCGGGUAGCCGGUAGCGUCGAGCCACGUCGUCGUCCAGGUCGUCCGAGUCGUCGUCGACGCCGAAACGGAAGGGAACGGCGGAGACGAGGGCCAAAACGAAGAGAGGACUGUGCAAGUGUAUGUGUGUGUUCGCGCGUACUACUGCCAGGACCUGUGAGUUUGACAUCUCAGCUGGAAUGGGAGCCAAGGCGAGCACCGUAGCUCAAUCGGCUGGCGGCAACGGACAGUCCUCCACCGGGGCGAACGAGACUACGAUGCAAGGCUUCUCCAUGCUCCGCUCCUUACCUGGCGGCGUGGGGAUGCUGCAGCACCAACACCAGCAGGCGAACCAGGCGCAGAACACACGUGUCUCCGGGGACAGCAGGCAGCGCGCGCGCUCCCUGAGCUCGGUGCCAGACCUCUCCUCCGCGGAGCAGGCCGGCCUCUCGACCUCGGUCGGGGUCGGGGUCGGCCAGGCCCUGGGGCUGCCGCAGCUCGACUCCGACGACACGGACGAGGAGAGCGGCCGCGUCUACGCCGCUCACAGCUUGCCUUCGCAUAUUUGGUCCCUGAACGGUCUAAAGUGUCCUGUAUGCUCCAAAUUUAUCCUACCGGAUGAUAUAGAAUGUCACCUGGUCAUGUGCCUGACCAAACCACGGCUCAGUUACAAUGAGGACGUGCUAACGGAUGGUAAGGGUGAAUGUGUCAUUUGCCUUGAGGAGUUACAAUCUGGUGAUCUUAUAGCUCGCUUGCCCUGUCUCUGUAUAUAUCACAAAAACUGCAUUGAUAAGUGGUUUCAAGUGAAUCGUAGCUGCCCUGAACAUCCUGGAGAUUGAUUUGUACCUGUUGAUCUUAGCGGAGCACAGUGGAACAAGAUGCUGGCCCAGAGGACAUUCACCUCAACGGGAUUGAGAUGGCAAAAAACGGCAGAAAUUAAAAAAAAAAAGAAGCUAGUCAAGGUGGCUGCUAGUCCGCAAUGGUGAUUGGUGCGUGCGGUGAAUUGUUCGACUGAACGAGACUCGCUCAUCAAAUCGAACACAUGGAAACACAGAUGUUUAAUUCAAUCCUCAACUCUAUUAUUAAGCGGGGAACUUAAACAAAAAAAUCGCCAUAGGAUUCAACGAUACACACAAUGCUAUUACCUAUACGUAUCUAUAAUUAAUCUAUUAUUGCUCUAUCGCUUACUAUCAAUUGUACCAUAUUUAUAAAUUUUACUUAGUUUUACAUCUUGAACUCGAUUUAGCGCUUAAGCAGGACAAUCUUUGUUAUUAUUGAUCAUGAUUUUUUUCUUUCCUUAAUAUCUUUGUUUUUUUUUUUUUUUUUUCUUUUUUUGGAAAAAGGGGACAGGACGAAUCUUAGUCAAGAAGACCUGUGUAGGAACAGGUGAGCUCUACCUUAGAUAAAUUAGUUAUACUUUUAUUGAUUUUUAGUAUCGAGACGAUGUAUCGUAAAUUUUCGUUGUCUGUUGGGGGAUGAGUGCUAGAAAGGAUAUUUUUGAUACUUUCAUAAAAGGGAGAGCCAGAAUGUAUAAGAGUUUCGAGCGCCGGAGAUGACGUUAAUGCUGUUGAUGCUGUAGUAACAAUAAAGGUUCUGAUUUAACCUUCCUUACUGAGAUUCAUACUAAUGUGAUAAUCUCUUUUGUUGUUAUUAGAGAGAAUUGACACGCUCUGUGUGUUACUGAGGUGUACAGUCUGUUGUCGAUUACAUUGAGGAUUAUCUACUAUAUAAUUAAUCUCUUUUGUAUAUGAAUAAGGAUUGACAUAACCCAGCAGGAGUAGUUUUUGUAAUACGAACAAUCAAAGUCUAUCAUUGUUCCAAUAAUAUACACAAACCGUAUAUGUUCGGCUCGGAUUUGUAUUGCGUGAAAUUAUAAAAUGAAAGCAAUGUGUGAAAGGACAUAAGAAAAAUAAUGAGAACAGUGCAGUGAACAAAAGGAGCUAAAAAUAAAUUACGUUAAUAAAAUUGAAUGCAUAUAAACGUGUGUAUGUGCGCGUGUGCGUGUAUGUAUUUAUCUGUAUAUAUACAUACACAUAUGUAUGCUCUCGUGCAUUUUCUCUUGCGAUUGCAAUUAUUUAAAAACAUGCUGAAAACUUUUUUCACUGAAAAACGAUUACAAAUUGAACAGUUUUGAUAAAUAAAAAGAGGUAAAAAAUAAUUGCAAAUCUUUAUAAAGAAUCUUUUAUGUGUACGUAUAUGCAUAUAUAUAAAAUUAAUAUUUAAUAUUUAAAAAUCUUAAACGUGUAUUAAAGAGAAAGUGUGCGAGAGAUGCCUAAACAUCCUUUGUAUGUAUGUAUAUGUACAUAUAUAUGUAUGUGUGUAUCUUUUUUAAGCUACGAGAGGUAAGUGAUCGUAGAAACGAUAGGUCCGGUUUCGUAAAGAAAUAAAAAGGAAAAAAAACACGUGUAAAGAAUUCAGAAUACAAUUAUGAGAAACAUCAAUAAAAUAGCGAUAACAUGUUGCAAGGAAAGGUUUUCUUUGCAUUUCGUUAUACUGAUCGAGGCGUGGAUUGUUUCGCGGCUUGUCGUUUAUCGAUUUUACGACAUGUAAGGUUUGUUAUAUGCGCCGAUUAUAUACAAAGAAUGCGAGAAAGAAAGUCGAGGGUAAUGAGCGGUGAGACGAGGAGAGACGCAAAUAGAUCGCGUAUCUUAUAUAGCGCGCACGACGGAUUCACGGGAAGAGGAGGGAUGUAUUAUAUGUAUGUAUAUGUAGAUUUAUUAUAUUUAUACAUAUGUAUACAUUUAACACGUGAGCUCGAUCCCGUGGUAGUAUUCCGUAUUGUAUGUUGAAUGAAUCUCUUCGUCUUAGUAUUGUACUCUUCUUGUACUUUUUCUGUAUUAAAAAAUAAACAAAAAAAAAA